GUGUGACGUCAUUUCUGUGCGCCUCUCCCUCCACAGAGUAUCUUGGUUACUCCGGAAACAUGCCGAAAGUGGUGUCUCGGUCGGUGGUUUGCUCCGACACCCGGGACCGCGAGGAAUAUGACGACGGCGAGAAGCCUCUCCAUGUCUACUACUGUUUGUGCGGCCAGAUGGUCUUGGUUCUGGACUGUCAGUUAGAGAAGCUGCCCAUGAGACCUCGGGACAGAUCUCGUGUGAUUGAUGCUGCCAAACAUGCCCACAAGUUUUGUAACACGGAAGAUGAGGAGACUAUGUAUCUUCGGAGGCCUGAAGGCAUUGAAAGACAGUACAGGAAGAAGUGUGCAAAGUGCGGACUGCCGCUGUUCUACCAGUCCCAGCCGAAGAAUGCUCCUGUGACUUUCAUUGUGGAUGGAGCAGUAGUGAAGUUUGGCCAGGGUUUUGGGAAAACAAAUAUAUAUACCCAGAAACAAGAGCCUCCCAAGAAGGUGAUGAUGACCAAAAGAACUAAGGACAUGGGCAAGUUCAGCUCUGUCACCGUGUCUACCAUUGACGAAGAAGAAGAGGAAAUUGAAGCUAGAGAAGUUGCUGAUUCGUAUGCCCAGAAUGCCAAAGUGAUUGAAAAGCAGCUGGAGCGUAAAGGCAUGAGCAAGAGGCGACUUCAAGAGCUGGCUGAACUGGAAGCCAAGAAAGCAAAAAUGAAGGGAACUCUGAUUGACAACCAGUUCAAAUGAAAGGACUUUGCUGUGAGCCCGGACCAGAGGCAAGCAUUUAGACCAAGAAGAAAAAUAAGGGGGCUGGGGAUUGAGCUCAGCGGCAUAAGCGCCUGCCUUGCAAAGCGGGCAGUCAUGAGUUCGAUCCCUGGUACCGAUAAAAAGGAAAAAAAAAAAAGAAAAAUAAUUUCUUGUUUAUGUGGACUGGUUUAUAUUUAUGCCCCAGAAGAAGGCUCUAUGUUGCUUCUCAUUGGUUCUCCUACAUUCAUUUAGGUCUUUGACCUGCUUUCUAUGAAAUAGAUUGUUCUAUAUCUUUCUGUAUAUAGAUUUUCUAUACUGUUUUUUGUCCAUUUGAUGUAAACUUUGGCUGUGUGGAAACUGAACAGAUCAAUGCUUGAGCGUCUCUGGUUUCUGAAAUGGCUGUUAUUCAUUCUUCAAAAUUAAUAAAAUGUUUAGACUUAAAAAAUUA